GUCCUCUGCUCUCACCACCAGCGAAUGAUUGCACAGAAGUCAGUCGGCAUUAGGUCAGGAGGACUCACUGAGAGUUUCAGUACUGCUUCUGCCGCUAUGCCCGUUAACCGAAGCAGCUUCAGCUCCGUGUCCAUGUCCCGUAGCAGUGGUGGAGGCAUGGGACGGAUCAGCGGUGGUUUUGGCAGCAGGAGCCUUCACAAUCUAGGGGCAAGCAAGAGGAUUUCCAUGAGCGGAGGGUAUUGUUCUGCUAGACCAGGAUACAAUUAUGGGUCAGGUCAUGGCGGGUUGGCAUAUAGAGUUGGUGGAGCUGGGUUUGGGUUCGGAGGAGGAUAUGGCCCUGGAGGUAUUCAAGAGGUCACGGUCAACCAACACCUCUUGGUACCUCUUAACUUGGAGAUUGACCCCAACAUGCAGAGAGUGCGGCAGGAGGAGAAGGACCAGAUCAAAUCCCUCAACAACAAAUUUGCCUCUUUCAUUGACAAGGUGCGGUUCCUGGAGCAACAAAAUAAAGUACUGGAGACCAAAUGGAGCCUCUUGAAAGACCAAAAAUUUGUGAAAAAUAACCUUGAACCUAUGUUUGACGCAUACAUCAGCAACUUGAGGAGACAGCUUGAGGCUCUAGGAGGGGAUAGGCUGCGGCUCAGCUCAGAGCUGAAGGCUAUGCAGGAUGCUGUUGAAGACUUCACGAUCAGGUACGAAGAGGAGAUCAACAAGCGCACGACUGCAGAGAAUGACUUUGUUUUGCUCAAGAAGGAUGCGGAUGCUGCCUACAUGAACAAGGUGGACCUGGGGACCAAGGUGGAUGCACUGACAGAUGAGAUUAACUUCCUGCGAGCCCUCUAUGAAGCAGAGCUGUCUCAGAUGCAGUCACAGAUCUCCGACACCUCUGUGGUCCUAUCCAUGGACAACAACCGCAACCUGGACCUGAACAGCAUCAUUGCAGAGGUCAGAGCGCAGUACGAAGACAUCGCUAACCGGAGCCGGGCAGAGGCUGAGUCCUGGUACCAAAGCAAGUAUGAGGAGCUGCAGCUCACAGCUGGCCGGCACGGGGAUGACCUCCACAACACCAAGAUGGAGAUCUCAGAGAUGAACCGCAUGAUCCAGCGGCUCCACUCGGAAAUUGAUAGUGUAAAGAAACAGUGUGCCAGUUUGCAGACGGCCAUUGCAGAUGCUGAGCAGCGCGGGGAGAUGGCCGUCAAGGAUGCCAGGGCAAAACUGGCUGGCCUGGAAGAUGCUCUGCAGAAAGCCAAGGCAGACCUGGCCCGGCAGCUCCGCGAGUACCAGGAGCUCAUGAACGUCAAGCUGGCCCUGGACAUCGAGAUUGCAACCUACAGGAAGCUGCUGGAGGGCGAGGAGAGCAGACUGGCUGGAGAAGGCGUUGGUGCGGUGAAUAUUUCCGUGGUCUCAUCUGGGAGCAGCUACGGCGGUGGGAACACGUUGGGGCUGGGGUCAGGCUUCAGCAACAGGCUCAGCAUGGGGGGAAGUGGUGCCAGCUCCAGCAGCGGGAGCUGCCUGGCCGGGGGAUUCAGCUCUGGCACGGGAAGCAGCUCAAGCAUGAGGUUUGUAUCGAAAAGCACUACCAAGAAGAGCUAUCGGAGCUAAGUCACGGCAGCAUCCAGCUCACUCGGAGCAGAAGAGGUUGAGCACCACCUCCUGCUGCCAGCACAAAGCCUAUUAACACCAUCCAAAGACCCACGCUUACCACUUUCCCAUCAGGGGAAAACUCACCCCCAGCACUACUUAUUGGCUUGGGAGAGAUGCCUCUCUAAGUCCAAUUAAUUCCUCUGCAUAAAGCCUCACCCAGCUGACUGGAAGCCCAGCACUGCUUAUCAAUGAGUAAUCAGAUUUCCCAUUAACGGGUGCCAUCAUUAGAGCUCAGUUUGCAGCUUCCCAGGGUUCCCUUUUGCUCCAGUGCUCUGGUACAAAUGCAGAGUAGAUGCAGGACUUAGAUUUAGGCCAGUGUACAUGAAAGCAGAACACGUCCCUUCACCCACUUACGACAGAAACCAGGAGGGGUAUUGAGACCACAGACCCUUGCCCUCCCUCUUAAGCAACCCUGCUCCCCACUGCUGGGCUUGCUCUCCCCAAAGACUUGAAGAAUUGAAAACAAAGCGACUUUCAAUAUAGAGGCAGUUGCUCUGUUUCCCAAUUCCUCUUGCAUUGCUGUCGUUUUACUCCAGGGCUCUCUAGCUCUACCUACAUCCAAAAAUGGAGCCUUCAUCUUCCAUAGGUGAAAGGGGUUGGCUCUCUAUAAUGUCUAAUUCCUCACCCACCCAGUAUGUAUAAUUUAAGCCAAAAGACCGCAUAACCUACAGGUUGCUAGAUCU